UUUUAUCAAAUUACAAUCGGUGGCCUAUAAUUACAACUCACUCUGGUGCCUUGCUUUCUCACUUUAGUCUCCUUCUUUCUGGGGCUCUCGCAGAGCUUUCUUCCAUUUCUGCCAUGGCUGCCACCACUGGAUCUUCUUCAAGCUCUGCCGCCUCUGCUGAUGACCCAGCUCUUGCUCUGCCGUCUGUCCUCAAUGUGAAAUUGGAUCCUACCAAUUACCCCAUUUGGCUGGCGCAGAUCAUUCCUCUGCUCAGGAGCCGCCGCCUGAUCUCUUUCGUCGACGGCACCAGCAUUUGUCCGCCUGCGUUUCUUCUCGGUUCCGACGGAAAACCCACUAACGCGAUCAAUCCAGCUUAUGAAGACUGGAUUCAGAUGGACCAGUUGGUGCUUUCUUGGAUCAAUGGCUCCCUCAGCCACCCUGUCCUUGCUACUGUGGCUAGUUCUAUCUCCGCCCGUGCUACCUGGCUUGCUUUGGCGGCUCUGCUUUCGACUCCGGUCCCGGUUUCUGAUCAUGGCACCGCUGCCAUGGUAGGUUCUGGUGGGUGUGGCUCAGGAGGAGGAGAGAUGAGCAGCAGCAGCACAACAGGUGAAGGAGAUUCAAAGCAGAUGGACCUGCCCGGGUAUAAGUUCUCUCCCACCGGAGAGGAACUGGUUGGCUUCUACUUGAAGAAGAAGAUGGAGGGCAAGGACGCAAAAUUCAGGGACAUCAUCCCUGUAAUCGAUGUCUGCAACCACAAGCCUAGUGAUCUGCCUGCGUUCUUCUUCAGCCAACCGGAUUACAAAUACAACAACAGCAAGCGCUGCAACAGAAGCACAGAUGAGGGUUUUUAUAAAAGCACAGGCAAGGUUCGUGAGAUCAGGGCUGAACAAUCCCAAGCUGUGAUUGGUAAUAAGAGGAUUUUGUCUUACUACGAAGGUCGUGUGCCCAAAGCCAAGAAGACCAAGCAUGUCAUGCAUGAGUAUUCUCUCACCAAGACUAAACUGGCCCAACUGGGUGCUCAAAACAAUCAGCAGAGGGAGUUAGUUCUCUGCCACCUGACGAAUAAGUCAGCAAAAUCUGAGAAGCUGAAAGAUGAUUCAAUCUGCGGCGAUGAAUUAGCUGAACCUGCUAUUGGUGGCGAAAUCGCCUCUAAAUCUGAAGAUGAUCAAGCUGAUGCAACUGAUAUGAUUCAAGGCCCAGAUGAGCAUCUCGCAGACAAAGAUGUUCUGCUUGGCACUGAGAAUCAUAAUGAAUGCGCCGAGUCAGAGUCUCCAAAUGGUUUUUCUCCUACAGAAAAUAAUGAUAUUUCAACCUGUGUUGGUUUACCUGGUAGCUUUGAUGUACCUGGUGGCUUCUUCUUGUCUGAUUUUGAUGAUCUGUUUAACGAGCCGUCCUGUCCUGAUCUUGGAGUAAAUAUGGAUUCAACCUUUCUUCCACCUCAGCAGCUAGCAGCCACAUCAGCCACCACACCCACCUCAUCCACAUCAUUUGGUGGCUUUGGUGUUGGUUCAUCUGAUGGCUUCUUCUUGUCUGAUUUCGAUGAUCUGUUUACAGAAGAAAAUCUGGGAUCAAUCUUUCAUCCAUUUCUGACACAGGAUUACACACUGUUGUCACCAAGGAACACAGAACUGGGAGAUGUUAUGCAUGCCAAUAACUAUAUUGACAUGCAGUGGUGAGUCGCAGUCUCCAGAUAAUCUGGAGCUUACGAUUAUUUUCCCACAGUUCUUGAAUAAUUUCAUUGGUGACCAGGAUUAUUAUCCUGUGAAGAAACAACAUACACUACUUUCAGUGACUCUAAUCUACCGGAUCCAUGGGGAGGAGUCUAUGAUAGCGAUAGUGGAGUAAGAAGUGAAAGGAACACUGAAUUACUCCAUGGAUGGGUAAAAGUUUUAUUCUGCAUUAGCUGCUGCAACAUAGAUAGUGCAACAUUUUAGUUAUAGGAGAGCAUCAGUAAACCACAAGAGGUCUUGGAAGGGUAGCACAUCACCCCUAUCUACAAAACAAAUUAGAUUUCUUUUCUCAAAAGCAGUACUUUGGAGACCACGUCUCUCCUGUCAACAGAAGCACAAAUAUUUCUCAUGGCAAUUCUCUUCAAAUAGUGUACUCUCUUUAUCAUAGCACACUCAAUACCAAGCAGCAUCCAUUCAUGUCUUCACACAUAGGAGGUGCUCCGAGAAGAAUCCGACUGCAAAG